AUCUCUCGGGCCGGGCGGACGAACUUGGAAAGGCACUGUGAAGGUUGGCAUCACCGCCUAAGUGAAUCUCCAAAAUAAUGAACGGGGAAACUAGUGCUUUAGUUUCGAGGCAAAAACAGACUUUUGUUCGAUAACCUCAAGAUGAGGACCGACACAUUCAGUGUACCCAACACGUCAUCCCCACCGGUUAAUCCACGGCCGUCGUUGCCCAUCCAAUGCUAUUCUCAUCCAUUGCAAUAUCCCUCUUUGCCCUCGCCUCCCAGACAAGAUACCAUUCACGAGGCUUACGCACUCAGUACUCAUUUCAUCCCUGCUGCCUUUCCUAGAUUGGUUCCAGACCUUCCCGUUCCCCAAAUCCCAACGUACACUAGUUCAACGUCAGCCUUGGAAAGGCAAAAGCAAGUAACAACAAUCGUCAGGGAACUUGUCGAGAGGCAGACGCGUUUUGCACAAGGGAAAUUGACCGGUAACCAUAGCCAGAAACUACUUUGGAAUUGUGUCAACCGCUAUGUCCGGACGAAUAGACGUAAUACCUCGGGAACUGGUUUAACUUUGUUCCUCGUUCCCGCAGCCGGGUUCCCAAAGGAAAUAUGGGAGACUAUGCUACAAAGUCUUCUAGAUACGACAUCUGGCCUUCUCGUGGAUGAGGUAUGGUCUUGGGAAGCUGUCAACCACGGCGACUCGGCGCUUGUGAACGCGAAUAAUUUGAGCGGGAUUUUCGACUGGCAGGAUGAUGCCCGUGACAUCGCGAACUUUCUUUUAAACUACCUCCCAGAAGUGGCCACCCCUGCGUCGCUGCCUACUUUCCUUGCGAGUGUUUCACAAGCUACGAGUUCUAAUCGCAAACAGGCUGGCUAUCCCCUUCGGAGGCUUGUAGUGGUUGGUCACUCAUAUGGUGGUACUUCCUCAGCCUUGGCAGCUUUGAAUUAUCCGAAGUUGUUCUCAUCCCUCAUACUUGUGGAUCCCAUCAUUUCAGGUGACAAAACUAAUAGGAGUGUUGAUGAAGUCGUCAGAUUCGCUGUUAACGCUAUUACUAGGCGCAAUUUUUGGUCGUCUCGUGAAGGAGCCUUGCAUCAGUUCAAACAAUCACCAUUCUUCGCUUCCUGGCACCCAGGGGUCCUAAAGACAUACGUUGACCACGGAUUGACCGUAGAUGCCACGGGCGCUGCUAGAUUGAAAAUGACUUCUGUUCAAGAGGCCCUGAGCUAUGUUAAUGCACCAGUCGCUUUCGAAGUUUGGGAAUUGUUGGAGAAAUUGGACGAGAAUAUCACUCUUCGAUGGGUCCUGCCGUCGCGUGGAUUCCUUACAGAAGACAUCAAAGCAAGGGUUUGGCGUCGACCUGCCAAUGCUUCCAACGUAGUUUUCCCCUUCGCCGGACACCUCAUCGUACAGGAAGCACCAAUUGAACUUGCUCACGAUAUCGCCACGUUCUUGUCGAGGAAUUAUGGGUCUCCUCGAAUCAAAGCAACUUUAUGAAUGCAUUAUGUAGUUUGCCAUGUUAGCCCCCCGUGUUCUCAUCCCAACCCACUAAUCCUGGUUAGCAUGCAGUGUGACAGGAAUGAUUUCCCAAAGGUCAAUCUUGGAAUUAUCCCGUUGGUCGAGCGUGUACAUAUGUGCCUCGAUGACUUACGAUGCCUAGAACUCCUUUGGAAUUUGGUUCGACAUCAUGCAGGAUCGUCGUAUUGACAGGUGCAGCCACGUGUAGCGAUGAUAAUAGGUAAAGUAACAAAA